AUGCUGGCCACAGUGAGGAUAGAUGGUGGACCAACCUGUAUUGUUCCGCAUUGGGAUUACAGUCUGGCCCCAAAUUCCCCAGGUCUAAAUUGGGAUUCUGAAGACGUGUGGGAUAAGAUUAUGCUUGAAUUAUUUCACCCAUCUGAUAGUACUUACAUGUUGGGUAACAAGAUAUCGGUCCCAGUCCCCCGACAAUGUCGAUUAGCACUGCCGCCCGCUUGGCACGACGCUAUUGCUAGUCUUGGUUUACUCUAUGGCGCUCAAUCCUACGGACUUGGGUCCAUGCGCGCAGACCCAAAGGGUGAAAGCGCUAUCAGGGUUGCCACGGACAGGAUGAAGACUCAUGACGGUCGCUAUGUCGUUCAUCCAACUGCCAUCGACCAAUGCCUCCAGCUUAUGAGUGUGACCUCGACUGCAGUUUCUCUGCAAUGCCUACGAUGCCGGAAGAUCCAGGAGGUAGGCAGCAGGAAGCGCUACUCGUAUCCGCGAUAUCUCAGUCAAGCCACACUGAACAAAAAGCAGAAUAAGAAAGAGAUGGAAACAAGCCGAUUCAACUAA